CAAUUUUGUACUCAUUCCAAAUCUCCAGGGCUCAAAGUCUCUCGGUUGGCAUUUCAGGAAGGGGAAGGAAAAAGAUCGAUUAGACGGCCAUGAAGCUGCUCCCCGCUGUACUUCUCUGGGCUCUGGUUCUGUUGGGAAGCCUAGCUCUCAUUCUGAACCGAUUAGGCGACCCAGGAGCCACUUCAGAGCAUCCUGAAGAACUUGCAAGCAGUCGGAUUACCGAAAAGGCGAAAAAUUUAGAGGAUGAAGAAGAAGUGACUCACAAGGUCUACUUUGACGUACAAAUUAAUGGAAAACCAGCUGGUCGUAUUGUCAUGGGUCUUUUCGGAAAAGUUGUUCCAAAAACAGCAGAAAACUUUCGGGCUCUUUGCACUGGUGAAAAAGGGGUUGGACGGAGUGGGAAGCCUCUGCAUUAUAAAGGAAGCUCAUUCCAUAGGAUCAUACCAAGCUUUAUGAUUCAGGGUGGUGACUUUACCCGUGGUGAUGGGCGCGGUGGAGAAUCAAUCUAUGGUGAUAACUUUGUUGAUGAGAACUUUCAACUGAAGCACACUGGCCCAGGACUUCUCUCCAUGGCAAAUGCUGGACCAGAUACAAAUGGAUCACAAUUUUUCAUCACAACAGUCAUAACUAGCUGGUUGGAUGGGCGUCAUGUUGUGUUUGGGAAAGUGCUUUCUGGUAUGGAUGUUGUCUACAAGGUCGAAGCAGAAGGGAGGCAGAGCGGAACACCCAAGAGCAAAGUGAUCAUCACAGACAGCGGCGAGCUAACAUUAUGAGGACCUGCGAUAGCAGUAUGAAACUUGAUGCUGGACAAUCGUACACAGAAUUUAGGCACUUAUGCCAUGUGAAGCUUACAUUUGAUCUUCAAAAGAACCGUUCCAACUUCACCAAGUCUCUGCGAAUUGUGCAAGAUUUUCACUGGCAAACGCCCUAUGUAAUACAACUGCGCUUGAAUUUCCAAAGACAGUGUGUGAAGUUUGUCAUUAGGAACCUUCUUGGUGAUACCGUUGGAAGCUUGCUCGAAGCAUGCUUUGUUGUAGUUUUUAACAUUUCAAAUGCGGAUGCUAGCUUCUACCACUAACUGAAAAAGCUUUGAAGCCGACUCAACGUUAAGCUUUUGUAUAAGCGACUAAAACAAUUCUUGUU